UAAAUCCAAUUCAUCAUUUUUUAAAGAAAAAACAAAAAGAGAGAAAAGAAGAACAGAGAGAGAGAGAACAAAAACAGAGUGACUUUUUUAGAGGGAGAAGAGAUCAUGAAACUGAGUCAAUUCGGUUUUAAAUUCCAACCGCUCCAACCCAAAUUUGAUUCUUUCUUUCUUUCUUUCACCAAAUCCCACAAUUUCAAAAACCCUCUUUCUUAAAAGCCACAACAUCCCUUCAAUGCUCAUCCAUGUCUGGUUUUAUCAAAAUCCAUUCUUUUUCAAUUACUACCUAACUUCUACCCUCUGAUCUCAUCAAUAACCAUUUUCCUUUAACUUCAAUUUCACGUCUUCAAAAACACAAUCAUCAAUUUUGUUUUGUCCCACACAAAAAAAACCACUCAUCUUUGUAUGUUUCCCAACAUUUCGUAGCAGUUACAUUACUCCCCUGUUUUUAACUUUGUCCAAAGAAACAAACCCAAAACAUUACAAUUAAUCAAUUAAAUUCAUUAAAUUGAACCCAAUUCCCAUCUGGGUUUCUGAAAAAGUUUCAAAAUUUGAAGGAAACAAAUCAUGGGGAUUAAAAACGAUAGAGUGAAAUUCAACGUAGGAGGCAGAGUAUUUGAAACAACAGCAACAACACUUGCAAAUGCUGGAAGAAAUUCAAUGUUAGGUGCAAUGUUAGAUGAGAAUUGGAAUCUGUUACAAGAUAAUGGAAGUGAGAAAUUCAUCGAUCGUAACCCAGAUUGUUUCUCUGUUAUCUUAGAUCUGCUUCGAACGGGUGAACUUUACAUCCCACAAAACAUCUCUGAGAAGCUUCUUUACAGAGAAGCUCUGUUUUAUGGUGUUCUAGAUCAUGUUCGUUCUGCAAAAUGGGGUCAAUUUGAUGGUAACAGGUUAAGGUUAUCACAAUCUGUUCAAGGACAAGCUCCUGGUGAUGGAACAGCAAUUCGAGCUGGUCCAGAUGGUGGUUGUUGUGUUGCUCAUGGUUGCAUGGUUCAUGUUUAUGAUUGGAUGUUAGAUGAACAUAAUCCUCUUAAUCUUGAUUACCAAAGAGUCAACGAUGUUGGUUGGGUUGACCCUAACAACAUAGUCAUUGGUGUCAGUGAAAGACUUGGUCGUGGUGAUGGUGGAAUAGGUUUGUUUAGUUCACAUGAUGGAGAACUUAGGUACAAAUUUCAAGUUAGUCAUGAAAAUCAUGUGAAAAGUUACACUGCUAGUGCUUUGAGUUUUAGUUCUGAUUAUAAGAUAUUUUCAAGUUGUAAAGGAAGAAGUAAUGAAUAUGGUGUUGGUGUUUGGGAUCAAGUUACCGGUAAACAAAUUGAUUUUUUUUAUGAACCUUUAGGUUGGUCACUUGGUGAUGCUGAUAAGGUACAAUGGUUAGAAGGUAGUAAUUGUUUGUUAGUUGCUACAAUGUUUCCUAGAAAAGAUAACUGUUAUAUUAGUCUUUUGGAUUUUAGAGAGAAGAAAAUGGUUUGGUGUUGGUCUGAUGUAGGAGCUACUUUGGCUGUGGAUGAGAAAAGAGUAAGAGAUGCUAUAGCAAUGGAGGAUAAUAGUUCUAUUUGUGUGGUGAAUGAGUUUGAGGAAUUAGGUUUUAUGGAUUUGAGAAGUUCUGCUGCUAAUAGUGUGAGAUGGAGUUCUAGAAGUAGGUUGAUGAAAGGGAAGAUGCCUGAGGAACCUUGUUAUCCUAAAUUGGCAUUGCAUGGUGGACAACUUUUCUCUUCCAUGAAUGAUUGCAUUUCAGUGUUUUGUGGCCCUGAAUGGGUUUUAACUUCUAGGUUAAGGCGUAGCUAUGGUGGGUCAAUAUGUGACUUUUCCAUUGGAGGUGAUAGACUUUUUGCACUUCAUAGUGAGGAGAAUGUUUUUGAUAUAUGGGAGACUCCAACACCACCAAUUAUAUGAAUUAUAUGAUUUAGUUUAGAGUGUGUUUUGCUUAGUUUUAAGUUUUUUUUAUAUAGUUUGCCAUAACCAGAUUGCUUCUGCAGUUUUCUACAUAGUGUUGAGUAAAAACCUUGAAUAUACGAGAUUGAGCAUAUGUUUGAAUUCAAAGUGGAUUUGACUGAAUCACGAUAAAUCAUCGUGAUUUUGCAAAAUCCACUAUAAUUCCAAAAGUAGUGUUUAAGUAUCUACAUGUGUCAACAAAGUUUGUGUAUAUCAUCAACAGAGAAUAUUAUAUAUGGAUUUGCUUUCUUUUUUUUUCCCUAAA